CUUGAAAGAUGAACGCAAUCGACUUUUUAACCAGCCACCGAAAGCUGGAGCACAAAGAUGGGGUCCUGCCCCCGCUGACCGACAUGGCUGUCCAGUCCUACCUUGACAUCUUGCACAAGGGAGACAGUCGCAAGAUGGUGCCAUGGAGGGGGAUGGGCGGGGUUUUAACGUCAGCCAGUGAGGUGGAGUUUGAUCAACAGAUGGAUAAAAUUUUGUUGUGGUUGGAAGGGUGGUCGCACCAACAGAGGUGCCGCUUCCUAGAAAAACUGUUACGUCACAGCCCCUACCCCAGCCUCCAGUUCGUGCACACGGCGCUGCAGCCCUCGUUACACCGUGACUUUAUGUACACCGUACGGUCACGUUUCCCGGAGAUUGAGUUCUCUCCCGUCAGCACGUACGUCACACGGGAACUAAAGGAUCGUCUGAGGGGCCUCAAGCUAGCUGAUGGCUUCUAUCGUGAACAAAGUGCCUACAUGCAGAAAGAUGAGGAGGCGGAGCCUGUCAAGUUCCCGCCCCUUCUGCACACGUCCUUUCAUACACAACCAAAGUUUCAUCGUCUACCCAUUCGUCGACACAUACAAAUAGAAGAGUCACAAGUCACAAGAGCCAACCUAAACAGGAGCAAGCAUUCAUUAGCCAGUAAUUCUCAUCAGCAGUUUAGUGAAUCAUCUACGUCAUCGUUUUACCGAUCUGUUGGGGGAUUAAGGAGCUCUUGGCACGGAGAUUCUAGUUUUAAAUCAAUCAACAGCCCAGCAAAAAAAACAUCGGAACUUUCCCAAAGCACAGAUAACCUGACAUUCGUUGGUUUACCGGAGCAGGCCGAGCAGAUAUUGAUGUGGUACUCACUCAACUGGAGUGACGGACAGAGAACUGAAUUCCUCCACAAGCUGGUCUUGAGCCUGGACCCACGACAGAUGUAUUUCAUCUCCAGGUUCCUGGCGGUCAAGCUGAACAAAGACAUCGUCAGUCUCCUGCCAGAGACAACAGCCCUGCGCGUGCUGUCUCACCUCAGCCCACGUGACCUGCUAGCUGCAGCUAUGGUCUGCAAGAGGUGGAACCAUCUAGCCAGCAACAACGAUUUGUGGAAGUCUAUCUGUCAAAACACAAAAAUCGAGAUCCCCGUGGGUUCGAAACCAUCUUGGAAGGACGUCUACAGGGAUAACUAUUUUCUCAGACGUAACUGGGACAACGGUCGCUGUAAGACGUCAGAAUUUCUGGGUCACACACAGAGCGUCCAGUGUGUUGCGUGCGACCUAGAUCACGUGGUCAGCGGCUCAGCAGACAAGACCCUGAGGGUGUGGGACAUCCGGACUGGUCAGCUCCAGCAGACGUUGACUGGGCACACCAAGACGGUCUUCUGCGUCCAGUUCUACACCAAGAUCCUCGUCGUCAGCGGCUCGUUUGACAACACCAUCAAAAUCUGGAACCUGAGAACAGGGGAAGCUACUCGUACAAUUCUCGCCCAUGACAACCAGAUUUGGUGCCUGAAAGUACGAGGCAACCUGCUAGCAUCCGGGUCUCAAGACAAGACGGCCAAGCUAUGGAACAUUGGGAGGAGUUUGUUGCUUCAGACCUUUAAAGGCCACAGCGGUGUCGUAUUUGGUGUGGAUAUCUCAGAGGACAGUCAAAUCGUCAUCACGUCAUCUGGGGAUGGGUCUGUCCGGCUGUGGAACAGAGCGACUGGGCAGUCGAUGAAAAGCGUGUGGGUCGACCUCAAGCACUCCAUCAUGUCGGUCAGCUACAGCCACAGGUACUUCGUCUGCGCUUAUGAUCGCUUCGUCUGCUUGUACAAGGACGGGAACCUGCUGGGAACAUUCGAGGAACACAGGAAAAGAGUGGAAAGUGUGAAGCUAAAGAUAACAGACCCUGAGAAAGGUGAAGGUUAUUUCGUCACUGCCGGACAAGACGGUCUCAUCAAGUACUGGAACAUUCAACAGGAGGAGAGCGUCCAAACGUACCGAGCCCACAGCGAACCAAUCAACAACCUGCACGUGGACGACCUGUGUAUCGCCAGUGCCUCUAGUGACCACACCAUCAGACUGUACGACUUCAACAUAGGCCGACCCCAGCCCAAACGAAGCAGCGGACACAAAUUUAACCUCAGCAAAUACAACACACCUCGAUCACGGAGAUCAAAGCUCCAAAACACGCCCAGUGUCAGAAGUACAUAAAUAUGUUAGGCUAAGAUGGGACAUAUCCAAGGUGUGCUGAUUUCAAGGGUGUUGUAUGCAGGGAUGCAGUGUGCUGGUUACAGGGUGCUCAUUGCAGGGUGCAAUAUGCAGGGUGAAGAUUGCAUGGUGCAGGUUGCUGUUAAAGAAUGCUGGGUACCAUUUCAGUGUUUCAGUGUACUUAAAGUUCAUUACGGACAAAACGGUCACAUGAAUAGAGGUUCGUUCAGGACGGACUUACGCCCUCCCAUACCACAGAGCCGGUUACCUCCACAUUCUCAAGCUAAAAACCAAAUUAUUUAUUUAUGUUUUGAAACUAUUAAACGCUGUAAUACAGAAAGGUAAAUUUUAUCAUUUUGUAUUCUAUCACAAUGACUUGUAUCCUUGCCAAGAUAUCUGUUUGUCACUAUGUAUCGUGUUUGAUACCAAAGCCACAUUCUUUAACUAUGUUUCUAAAACCACACUAUCCUAAAACUACUACCUUUCUAUUGGCAUAACAUCGUGUCUUGACACAGUAUUAAUGACAUUACUGUAUAUCUCAGUGACACAAUGACGUUGUCUCACUGACGUUGACACACGUGACUCACCGACACACUGACAGUGUCACUGACAUUGAUACAUUUACCUCACCAAUAUGACACACACACACACUACACACACACACACACACACACUGGUCUUAAAACCGUUGCACUAUUCACCUGUGCAACUUGCUCCCCUGUUCCCAUAUACCACCAUUUUUAAAGGAAAAAAAAUGUACAUAUACACCAUGUUA